UAAAUAUAAUUUAACUUAAAAUGAGGUUUAUAUAAAUAAUAAAGCACGGUGAAUUGAGAAAUUUAUAUAGUUUCUGUAUAAAUAAUUAGGACAACACACAGUUUAGUUAGCAUUGCAUUUAAAUAUAAUGGCCUCAACUGUACGAUAUAGAUCUGAGGGAGAUUUGCCUCCUUGUGCUAAUAUUUCACGUUUGGAGGAGAGAAGAUCCAGAGCAAGAGCUUUGAGAUUGGAGCGUAGUCGUAAACAAGAUAAACCAGACGAUUUUGUGUGCUAUGAAGAUUCAGAUUCUGACGAUGAUGCAUUCUCUUUGAGAAGAGAAUCCUUAAAUAUUUCAUACAGUUUUGUCGAUUACAUUAGAAGCAGAGAGUUAAAUAAUAAAGAAGUACGUAAUAUAUCCAAAGAUUAUGGAUCUCGACAUAUACUUACACAUGAUAUGUUUAAAGAAACACCUGUGUCGUUGGGCAAUAUGAAUAAAGUAUUCUGUUCACAAUGGUUGAGCGAUAGACAAGUCGUUUUUGGAACAAAAUGUAACAAGUUAAUGGUUUAUGAUGUUACAACGCAUACACUCGACCAAAUACCAUCGUUAUGUGGUAGUCGAGAUAUUGGAGGGAAUGUUGAUCAACAAUGUGGGAUUCAUUCGGUGGAAUUAAAUCCAUCAAAAACUUUAUUAGCUUCCGGUGCACGUCAUUCUGGUGAUAUAGCUAUCUACAGUCUGCCAACGUUAGAUCCUGUAUGUGUUGGAGAAAAUGCACACAGAGAUUGGGUGUUCGAUAUGUGUUGGAUCGAUGAUCAAUUCUUGGUAUCUGGUUCACGUGAUUCACGCAUGAGCCUGUGGCGUGUAAAACCAGAACUCUUGCAAGAAAAACAUGAAGGAAUGCCCUUGUAUCAACAUAUAUCACCUGUAGAGAUAAAAGAAUGUAAAAAUGCUCAAAAAGUUCGAGCACUUGCAUAUAAUAAAACAUUUAGAGAAGUUGCGGCGUUAUCAUUAAAUGGAUAUAUACAUGUUUGGAAUGCAGAAACAUUUAAACAGAAAUUGUCACGAAAACUUCCUUCAUGCCAAGAGAAUGUUUGUAUAGCUGUACAAGAUACAGGCUUAUAUGCUAUUGGAUGUCGAUCGUAUACGUUAUUAUUAGAUGCACGGACAUUACAGCCCGUAAAAAAAGUAUCAGCACGUUAUUCUGGAUGUGGAAUUAGGUCAGCAAGUUUUCAAAAUAAUGUUUUAACUAUUGGUACUGGAUUGGGAAUGCUUAUGUUCUACGAUUUACGAGCUGGAAAAUAUUUGGAAUCAAGUAUUAAUUCUUCCAGAACAGUUGUUCUUAAAGCCAGUAAAGGCUAUGUGUAUCCUGAUGGUGAAUACAUGGAAGGUUUUCAAAACGUAAAAUAUGUUCCUGCAAUUUAUACACAUGCAUAUGAUAACAGUGGAACAAGACUAUUUACGGCAGGAGGACCUCUUCCUGCAACAUUUAUAGGAAAUUACGCGGGUUUGUGGCAAUAAAGCGUCGUUGUGUAUACUAAUAUUAUUUUCUAAGAAUUAUUAUUUAUGAAAUGAAAGUUUUGUUCGUGGAUAAUGUUAUAUUUCAAAAGAAUUUUCCGUGUUUUUUUUUUUUUUUUUUUUGUUAAAAUGUGUCAGUAAUAGGUACUAUCUUUAAUGAAACUAGUAAAGAGCAUAAGAUGAUGAAUUAUGAAUUUAAUAACAUAUAUGUAUUAUAGAAAUAUGGCUUAAGUUUAUAAGUGUUAGGGUUAUCGAGAUAGUGAAAUUGAAAAUGGAAUUCGAUGCAGUGAUUGAGUGCGGCUUUUAUUUAUUAUUAUGAAAAAAAUUUGAACGCCAAACGAUUUUGCUGCGUAUUUCAUCGAUAAAUCCAUGGAGACCUACACAAGGAGAAUCAAUGUAAGCGGGAGAAUUGACAGAAAUUCAACGAAAUGGCAGAUGUUAUAGCGUCGCUAGUGUUCUUUUUGCACCGUCAUAUACAUAAAUUCGUCAUCUUUUUAAAAUCAAACUCGCGCCAUACACUAGCUUCAUUCGGUGCAAAAGAAACUGGCGUCUUAUUUUUGACAGAUAUUUGGUUAAAUGGAGUUGAAUCUUCUUAUGAAGUCUCCAUGGAUAAAACACUCGAUAAUUAAAUUGAGCGAUAUCCAUACAACUAGCAUCUCAUAUUUCGAUAAUCUAUUUUUUCUUAAGAAGAUUACCAGUAAAUGAUAUACAGUUGGAAAUUACUCCGAUGUUGAUAAUUUUAUGUUAAAAAUUGACGCUCAGCUCUGGUCAUAUAUCAGAGUUGAAAGGAUUCUAAUAAAAUGGUAAAUCUUUUUAUUUAUUUACAAAUAGACCAUUAUAUCAAAAUAUUUUUCUAAAAGAAAUUUCUUAUCGAGGUUAAAUGAGAGUUCUGGUUUGAAAAGUUUUUUAACACUGUCAACAAACUUUUAAA